GCAAAACUAUGUGGUCGAUAUUUCUCUGAAGCAUUUAAUAAGGUUCGAACGACAUUCACCCAUUAUAAUAAAUAUAUAGAUCAAAUUAAAAGCAUUGAAGAUCCUAUUUUAAGACAUGUUGCCUUAUAUCUUGUAGAUAAUUUUGAAGAUUACAAAAAAUAUUUAAGUGAAGAUGCAACCAGAAAAAAUAAUAUUGAUUGCGAAGUGUUGAAUAGAUGGCUAGACCAAAGGAAAAGUUUCUACACAUAUGGAAGUAAAUGUCAAGGAAAUCUAAAAUUAUGGAACGAAACAAUUGAAAAAUUAUGGGAUACGUUGAAUGAAAAGCAAGAAGAUAAUAAGUAUUGUGAGAGGCAGGAAUUAUACGCUGGAAAUGCCUAUAUUCCUGAACAGUUCCUUCCUCUUACGUGUUACAAAUAUGUUCCUGAAAAACAUGAUUGUACUCCACCUUUAGAUAUAUUCAGAAUAAAUCCACUGGCAUUAUCUAGAAACUGCAAUGCAAUUAAUAAACAGUGUUCUAAAUGUAAAAAAAAAAAUCAUCUUUCAGAAUAUAUCCCUUCUGAAGAAUAUACUUUUCCUGUAACAUAUCCUUACAAUGGCAACUAUAAUGCGUAUUCUUCACCAGAACGACAAAUAUCGUGUAGAGAAUGUCCUUCUAAAAUAAUUAUAAUCCCUCUUUCAAUAUGUAUUACAUUUUUUGGAACUCUCUUUAUUCUUUAUUUAUUAUAUAAAGUAAUUUAA